CCCAGUCAAACGCGUGUGCUCUCAGCCUCGUCUCUGCAGUUGCAGGCUGCAGCACAGAUGGUGGCUUUUGAUGACCGCUGGUUUCGUAUGAGGACUUAAGUCCACGCGACCGUCCCCCAUUAUAAUCACGCAUUGAAUAAGAACGCUCUUUCGGUGGGCGGAUGUGUCAAUUGGACGUACCUCCCUCAACAUGAAGGGUUUCGGAUUCUGAAACAGUACUGACAGGCUUUUGCUUCAAGUUAGAUUUGAGAGUGUCGGUGGAUAGAUCUGGGCGCAAUUACGCACGGACGCACAAUGGCACCGGGUCUGGAUAGACGCGCGCCGGCUCUGCUUUUAGUUUGGACCUUUUGCGUCCUUGCAGACACAGUUUUUACAAACUUUACGCUUGACAAUGAGUUUCACUCCAGCUUCAUCCACCGCCGGCUGAAGAGCCAAGAGCGCCGGGAGAUGCAGCGGGAGAUCCUGUCCAUCCUUGGGUUGCCGCACCGGCCGCGACCCAACAUCCACGGAAAGCACAACGCUGCCCCGAUGUUCAUGCUGGACUUGUAUAAUGCCAUGUCCACGGGCGGAGACGAAGACAGAUAUUCCUAUCCUUAUAGGCCCUUCUUUACCACCCAGGGCCCUCCUUUAGCCAGCCUGCAGGACAACAACUUCUUGAACGACGCAGACAUGGUCAUGAGCUUCGUGAAUUUAGUGGAAUACGAUAAGGAGUUCCUUCCAGUUCGGAGGCAUCGUCGAGAAUUCAGAUUUGAUCUGUCACGUAUCCCAGAGGGUGAGGCAGUCACUGCUGCUGAGUUUCGCAUAUAUAAAGACUUCAUCCAUGAACGUUUUGAUAACGAAACCUUCCGUGUCACCGUCUACCAAGUGCUGGAGGAGCACUCAGACAGAGAGUCAGACCUUUUUCUGCUGGACUCUAGAGUGAUUUGGGCAGCAGAGGAGGGCUGGUUGGUGUUUGACGUAACGGCCACCAGCAACCACUGGGUCUUGAACCCUGGCAGAAACCUGGGUCUACAGCUGGUCCUGGAGAGCACAAACGCAGAGAGCAUCAAUCCUCCUUUGGCGGGGCUGAUUGGCCGUAAUGGACCUCAGAAUAAACAGCCCUUCAUGGUGGCCUUCUUCAAAGCCACUGAGGUGCACCUGCGAAGCAUCCGCUCAGCUUCUGGAGGGACCAGACAACGCAACAACAACCGAUCCAAAAACCCAAAGAGCCAAGAGGCACUCAGAAUGGCCAAUAUUGCAGAAAACAGCAGCACUGAUCAGAAGCAGGCAUGUAAGAAGCACGAGCUCUACGUCAGUUUCCGCGACCUGGGGUGGCAGGACUGGAUCAUUGCUCCUGAAGGAUAUGCAGCGUUUUACUGUGAGGGAGAGUGCGCCUUCCCAUUGAACUCCUACAUGAACGCCACAAACCAUGCCAUUGUGCAAACCCUGGUUCAUUUCAUUCAUCCAGACACGGUGCCCAAGCCUUGUUGCGCCCCCACACAGCUCCAUGCCAUCUCUGUGCUCUACUAUGACGACAGCUCCAAUGUUAUCCUCAAGAAAUACCGCAACAUGGUGGUCAAAGCAUGCGGCUGCCACUAAACCUCCCAGUAUCUCUGUCACUGACACAGACAGUUUGCUCUCGGUGACAGAGGGAGCCAGGCUGCUGUCAUUUGAAAUGCUGCAAAAAGAUCACAGAGACAUUUAUGUGGAAAUGACGUUGUGGGUCCAGACUUUAACCGGCUUUCAAAAGGACAUUCACACCCACAUCAGACAAUAAGGAUUUCUCUUCUCUGCAGUUUCUUUUAUAGUUCUCAUAUUUUUCCUAAUUAAAAACAAAAACAAAACAAGAACUUCAAACCAAAAAAUAUAUUCAUUUUUGUGUUAAAGUGUACACUCCCAACACUCCCAACACACACAUUCUUUGUGCUUUCUACUGUGUAUGCAUUUCCAGCAGUGACUGUACUGUAUAGUCAAUCAUUUUUAUAAUUAUACUUUAGUAUGUCAUGUGUAUAAAAUCAGAAAGGUGGGGAGGUUUCUGUAGUUCGUGUACGAUAGUGUGUAAAUAUUUUUUUAUUUUUAUUUUAAACAAAGCAAGUGUAUUUAUUUCCUGGUAUGUCACCCGGAUGUGUGUUUUUUUCCCUGAUAUAUAUGAUGCUGCUUGAUUUCUUUCUUAACUGGACACAAACAAUGGAAGUCAAAUGAAAAGAGGCUGGCAGGAGCUCAUUCUCGGCAUCUUCAGGUUUGUUUUUCUCUGCUGUAAUGUAAUCCGACAUAUUUAAAAGUAAAAAAUAGGGGUUUUAUUUAUUGGGAGCCAGCAGCAUUGUUCCAUAGUUGGCUCCAAUGGUUAUUCUAACUGCUGAACUGAUGAAGCAAUAAACUUGGGAGGGAAAAAAACAAAACAACAAAAAACAGCAAA